AUUCCUUACUUCGAACGCGAUCAAGUUCCUCCCCAGGCCAAUUCUGUUCCCCAGAACCGAUCUCAACUUCAACCAUCCGCCAAAACCAAUGGGGAUGGAUCAAGACCCAAUAUACCUUCCCUGAAUGGUGGCCAACAAAUAGCAAUGUCUAUGAAGAAGUCCACGCAACCACUGCCAGAACGUCAAUCUUCUCUUUCUGAAAGUGACUCAGCAAUUGUUCGUACCGCGACGACAGCAUCCACCAGUAACAGUUCAACCAGUCUCCAAGGUGGUAACAACGGGGGUUGUGAGAGCACCUGCAUUGAUUCGGACUCCGAUGUCGACGGAGCUGAAGGGGGAAGCAGUGACGUUGAUGACGACGAUGACAAUUUGGACGAGGAGGGAGAUGAGGAUGAAGAUUUUGACUCAGGGAGUAGCAGUCAUGAGUCACUUCGAGAUAGUUUCUGGGAUGCAUUGUUAAAGGAGCCAAAAUUGCGGACGCCGGCUGAUAUAGAGGUGCUGGUAGAAAAUGUCCAGAAGUUACCUGCCUUUUCAAACCUCUCGGAGGGCACGCGAGCAGCUCUAUGUCGCCUUAUGUUGGUUGCAGUGGUUCGAGAAGCCGGUCAAGUUGUCCUUUCUGACAACGAAAUUCUCGACACUUGGUCUGUCAUUCUCAACGGCACGGUGGAGGUCAUCGAUCCAGAUGGCACCAUUCGUGAGUUGAGCAGUGGUGACUCUUUCGGUGUUCGACUGCCACCACCUGGAAGUCCUCCUUCAGCAGCUACUCUUGUCCAGAAGCAUCGUGGACAAAUGCGUACCGUGACAGAGGAUUGUCAGUUUGUUUGCGUGGCGCAAACUGAUUACUUCCGGGUUAUGGCAAGAGCUGCUGAUGCUGAAGUUCCUGAAACUGAAGAAGGCGAUUCAGGACGUGUUGUUCUAGUCUACGAAGACAUUAGGAAAGAGGCGGGUCAGAGUUCAGAUGGAGGUACGACAUCACCACUUCCUUCUUCUCUUCCUUCAACACAAAUUUCGCGGGUGGUUAUUAAGGGAACACCAGAUAAGCUGAUUGAGCAUUUAAAGUCUCCUGAACCGAGUGAUCAAAGUUAUGCUGAAGAUCUCCUUCUUACUUACCGUACCUUCCUUCCAACCCCUGCUCUCCUUGUCCGCCGGUUGCUUUCCUGGUGGGAUGAGGCUCUUCCUGGAACUCCCACAGACCAACGUCUUAUUCGAGCUCGUAUUCAACGCUAUGUGGUGCUCUGGGUUCACAAUCAUCCUGGUGACUUUCAUGACCGACCCGCUAUGCUCCGAUUCCUUGAAACAUUCAGCGAUCUUCUUCAAAGAGAUAAUGGAAACCGUCGACUGCUUCAUUUGGCACUUUCCACUCGGGCUCGACCUCGAACCGUCCCUGUGAAUCUAACCCUCGUAGUGACUCCUACAAGUACUAGUACGACGUGUCAUAUUGUGCUCCCCUGUGUCUUAGUCGGAGGUCAAGGUGAAUUUGGAGUUUUCGUGAAUCAGGCAGAGGAGAUUGAUUACGGUCCAACUGGUGGUUAUGAAAUUCGUGCAGGUUUGAGGAGAGGUGAUCAGCUGUUGGUACUGCAAAAUAGAGGUGUGGAAGGGGCUUCUUUAGCGCAACUGGCUUCUACGAUUGCUUCAUUGGUGUUGAUGUCAAAUCGCCAACCUCCGGGUAGUACAGUAACGAAGACUCUAGCAUUCACGAUCCUCUAUAAUCCAUCACAAUUCUACGAGCUAAUGUCAAAAGUGGGGGAGUUGAAUUCUCGUCUGACCUCAAAGAACCGCGCAACUGUGAUCUCCACUCGUGGCAAGCAGGUCCACGCCUUCGAAGUGGCCUCCAUUCAAGAAGCUCUAAGUCUUAUCAAUUCGUCGAGUCGAGGUGCUAUUGGAGCUCUUCCAACAAACAAUGUCAAUAAGUGGAUGGACCAGCAGCAACAACAGGGCCAUAUCCAGCAGCUCCAACCUAUUCCUGGAAAGCAGUUAAUUCGUGGCGGAGCCUCCCUUCGAUAUUCUCCUGGCACACCCCAACUUCGACCAUCCAUUGCCACAAAUAAACCCUCUAUGAUCUCAGCAGAAGCCCCUUCGCCUUCCUCAAAUCCAUCAUCUUCAGAAUUAACUCGUUCCUCAUCUCAACCCGAUUUAACAGGCGUUAUAGGAGGUUCAAAGUCGGAUCAGUCUAGAGGUUCCUUUUCUACCUCUGGUUGGAGCGACAGUUCAGGCAGUGGGGGAGGUAAUUCUGGCAUUUCUGUGAUACGUGUUUGGCGAUCUCUUGGUGGUGAACCGAAGGAUCAGGUCAGCAAGUUAGUCGCUCUAUAUCCUCGAACUAUUGCAAGAACGGCCGUCCGAUUGGCUGCGCAGGAAUUCAAUAUUGACCAUCCUGAGGAUGCGGCUUCGGAGUUCUGCCUUUGUUUGGUCACUGUGGACGAAGGUCCAAUUAUGAAGCAAAGUCGAAUAGCCGAUAGCAUGGAUGAUCUAGCCAAUCGAAUUGCGUUAAACUCUCGGUAUUACCUCAAACAAAAUCGAGUACAUGAUGUUCUUAUUACUGACGAGGUAGCCAAGGUCAUUUAUAAUGAGAGCAAGGUCUCUCUAACUCAGCUUUCUCCUGAAGAAGUAGCUAUUCAACUGACACUAGACGAUUUCUCCGUCUUUCGUUCUAUUGAAUCGGCAGAAUUUGUAGAUAAAGUCUUCGGUUUGACUUCUUCAACUCAAGAUAAUCCUGAUGUUGGCAGUAAUGCGACAGCUACCAACAGUAGUACUGAAAAUAUUGCAGGGGAACCUUCCAUUGAAACAAGGAAGGGAUUCCCUACAGGAUGUGCAAAUCUUGACGCAUUCGCAGAUUUGGUGAAUAAGGAAGCGUAUUGGGUUCCCUCUGAGAUUUGUGCGGAGACUAAUCUGCAGAAGCGAGUCGACAUGCUUAAGCGAUUUAUCAAGAUUGCCAAACUAUGUAAAGAUCUCCGCAAUUUCAACACUAUGUUCUGUAUUCUUGUGGGUUUACAUAUGUCACCCGUUGAACGUCUUCGACAAACCUGGGAGCGUCUGCCCAACAAAUAUGUCAAAAUGAGCCGGGAUUUGGCUCUCGUACUGGAUCCUUCUCGUAACUUCGCACACUAUCGAAAUCUCCUCAAUUCAUCUCCUCAGUCUUCCCCCAUGACGUCGCCUUCUCAAAGUGGUGCGCAUUGUCUUCCCCUGGUACCCUAUCUCCCUCUUGUACUGAAGGAUCUCACUUUUAUUCAUCUGGGAAAUCCCUCACGUACUCCGGCAUCCAAUACUUCGUCUCCCCAACUCAUAAACUUUGCUAAACUGAGAAUGUUCGCUAAAGAGAUUCGUUCGCUUCGACGAAUGUGUGAUAUUGACUACGACCUCCCAUUGGCCCAGCGUCUGCUUCAAUCGAGUGGCAAUUCCAACAAAUUUGCCUUUCUGUUGCCUGGUGCAGGAAGUGGUGUUGGUGGUGGUAGCAAUAGCUUCAGUUCAAAUUCGAUUGAUAUCUCAUCCCCACAAAUUCAAACCAAUGCAAUAGCUGCUUCUUCCAACUCUAAUAUCUCACUUAAUUCCGGUUCUUCGAUUACCUCAGACUCUCAAGGAUCUCAUGGACAGGCCAAAAAGCCCUCAGAUGGAGGAGUUGCCUCUUUGCUAAGUGGGGCUACGUCACUUCUCCUUUCCACAGCCACUGGAGUUGGUUCUUCACCCACUAGAAACACCGUGCUUCCUGGUAGCGGGGUUGGUAUUGGUGUAAAAAAGGCCAAAGUGAAGUCUAUUUACGCUGCAUGGCAAAUGCGCCUUCGCGUCCGAACUUAUAUGGCAAAUCUUCGUGUUAAUGAAGAUCUUGAAUGUCUUUCCCAGCUCUCUCAUCGAGCAGAAAAUGGUGGCGGGGGUAAUGUUAGUGUAUCCUCAACUAAGGAAUCCACUCCCACCCCAGCUCCAGUGUCUACCACAUCCCCACCACUUCCUACUUCACAGCCUACACCUCCACCCCUUCCAGAAAAAUCGAACAAAUCACAACUCCCUCCUACACCUCCUCAACUUUCAAUUAAUUCUUCUGUUAUGUCGAACACAACAAAUACAAGUACUAUCUCUUCCCAUCGAUCAAUUUUCGGUAACCAGUCCAUCGAAGAUGUGCGAAAAGCUAUUGCACACCAAGAGAGAACAUCCAGGCGUCGUAUGAGAAUGUGUGCUGUUCCCACGUAUUCACAACAUCAACAAUACCAUCCGUCCCAUCCUCAAAAUCAAUACUACCAUCAGGCAUCAUCUUCCUACUAUCAGCACUAUCUUUCUAACGGUACGCCAGGUUAUGACCCAAGAAUGGCUCAGCGGUUGGGUCGGUACCUUCCACCUGCUACUGCAAAUGCAUAUCAAUUAUUUCAGCUUCAUCAGCAGCAGCAUCAACAGUAUCGACAACAACAAACGUCUGCAAUGGCUGCGGCUCAGUGGGUUGCUAGACAACAACAGCUUGCAAACCAACAGAGAAGCAAAUUCCAAUCUCCACCACAUCUUCCUUCUCAAAAUCAGCAAUCCAUGCCCCAGCAGAAGCAGUCUCCAGCGUAUGACUACGCUUUGAUAAUGAAACAACAACAACAACAGAUGAGAAAUGCUGCCUCGGCAAACUUUGCCCGAAGGUCAAGUGAACCCCCACCUCGAGGGAACGUGAGUCUUCCUCAGGUCAUCACCUCUCCAUCCCUUGUACACAGAAGGCCUUCUCCUCAAGGGCCUCAGCCUGGAGGCCAUAUGCAACGACCUCCUCUCCCUUCUUACAACGAGGUGGUAGCAAUGAAGCAACAGCAGGCCCAUUUACUCCAAAAUCCCCAGCUUCAACCUGUUCGUAAUAAAGAUGGUCGGCCCAUGUUAUAA